AAUCAUAUCACAUUUGUAGGAAAAUAGAUUGACACCAAUAAAUUAUAUUGCGAUGGCGAAACUAUUCUAUUUUACUUUAACAUUUUUAACUUGUUUCUUGGAUGUCUACAUCGCAACGGAAUCUGAUACAUCAGCACAUGUUCAUGAACUUAUUUUUGACGAAAUAAAUAAUAUUAAAAGAAAAGUGUGGAUAGAUUUAUCUGCUGAGAUAAAAUCAUUGGCUGCUAAAUUUGACGAAUUCAAAUUUGAUAAGACAACAUGUGAAUGUCAUUUAAAUUCGAAUAGCAUUGAUCGAAGAAAAGAUGAUUAUGUUAAACUUUCGGAUUAUAUUACUUUAGUCAAAGGCUUCAAUGACGAAAAAGUUAUCUCGAGAGGUCGAGAACAGCAACUACAAAAAUCACUGAUACAAAUACUAGCGCUUGAAAACGAACUCAAACUUCUUAAACAAGAAAACUCUGAACUACGACAAGGAUUUAACGUGACGUCACAAAAAUUAAUUAAUGUCACAAAGAAACUGGAGAAUACAUUUUCUUCAGUAGAAGACUUGGUUACUUCUAAAAAUGAUAUAAAAGAGGACAUUACUUUGUUAAAUAGAUCAUGUUAUGAUUUAAAUGAGAAUGUUGACUCUGAUUUUCUGGCGCCAUCAUUUGUUAGUGAAUGGAUGUUAAUGAGGGCCCAAGACCAAGACUACGUUCAGCGUAUUGUUCCUCAUGGUUUAGGGGUCCUGCCAUAUAAAGUGGAAGUUCAGAUUCGACCUACAUCAGGGUCAAACGCAGGUUGGAUAUUCCAUGGAGAUCCUGCUUUUCAGAGCGACGAUGACUAUGGCAAAACAUAUGGUGGAAUUGUAUAUUUAUAUAACGAAACGCAUGUCAUUCUUGUUGCGCCAAACAAAAGCAAUAAUCAAAAUGCAGGCGUUAUUAUCAACACCGGCGAAGCAAAUUUUAAGCGAACAGGGAAUAAUCACCAAACGGAAAUCGAAGCUUUUGUGCGAUGUAAAGUUUGGGCACCGUCGGAUUUUCCAGAACCCGAUUUCAAAACUGACUGGUUACCGCUGGACAUACAAAAUAGCAGUUUAUCUUUCUAUGAGCUUGAACACAAAUUAUCAGGGUAUCCACGGUUCAUUAAUGUUCAAAUUCGCUGUAAUGGAUCUAAUUAUAACGUUGUAUCUGAGGGUCUUGGCGCAACAAUGAUGCAUCGUAAGUACUCCAAUACCGGAGGCGUUGUGUAUGCAUUUAGCGAUUCAGACGUUCGCCUUUGGUCGGGAUAUUUAGAGUCAUUAUCUGACAAUGGACACUACAGACUCAUAGGAUGGAGUGACGGUUGGGGUACAGGACCAAUAAAUGGUAUAAAUAUCAGAAAGGGGGAGUUUAGAAUUAUUUCGUGGGGUAUAAAGGUAACGCCUAUAGCAAAGAUUGACUCUGAGGUUAUGUUUGAACCAAACAUAGAAUUUCCGGAAUGGUCUGCUUUUGAACAUAUUUCCACGGAUAAUGAUUUAUUGUCAUUCUACGUUGAGGCUACUGAUGGAGUAAAUAAAGGGUACCGAUUCAGAGGGUAUGGUAAUUCCCAGUCAAUUGAUUCCCCAUUUGGAGGUAUUGUUUAUGCCUUUAAUUCAGCGGGUGAUUUUCGGACAUGGCGGCCAAAUGCAACUUCCGGUGGAUUUCUUAUACAUAUACACUCACCAUAUGGAAAUGGGACAAAUGUGCAAGCCUCAAAUGCUGGACAAUAUGUUAGCACUCUAAUUAAAACAUUUCGACCAUUGUCUAGGCAUUAAGAUAUAUACUUGUAGUCUAUAAUGUUACAAAAUCAUUGUUAAUUAUAACAAACAUUUAGUGAAACUAAAUAUUUGGGGAUGCUUGGAAUAGAAAGAACCGUAUAUAAAGUAAUUAUUUAAAUUAAAUGAAUUAAUUCAUUGUUCACUUAUAAAAUAAAGUUAUUAAUAAAAUAAAUAAAUAC